AUGGAUGAACUAGAAUCUGCUGAUUCUUUCACAGGACUGAUAAACAUAAUGACUGAUAUUAUCUGGCGCUUCACUGGCGAUUUCAUGGCCCCUGAUUUUGUUUGCCGAGUCAUUCGCUAUUUGCAGGUUGUCCUUCUCUAUGCUUCUACUUACGUCCUGGUAUCACUUAGCAUAGACCGAUACCAUGCCAUAGUUUAUCCAAUGAAGUUCUUGCAAGGAGAAAGGCAGGCAAAAAUUCUUAUUGUGGUGGCCUGGAGCCUCUCUUUCCUGUUUUCGAUUCCGACUCUGAUUAUAUUUGGGAAGCGGCAACUAUCUAACGGAGAAGUGCAGUGCUGGGCCCUGUGGCCAGAUGACUCCUAUUGGAUACCUUACAUGACAGUGGUUGCGUUUCUGGUAUAUUUCAUUCCUUUGAUUAUCAUCAGCGUCAUUUACUCCAUCGUGAUUCGAACCAUAUGGAUGAAGAGUAAAGCUCAAACUGUGGUUAUGUCCAACUGCUCUGAUGGCAAAUUCUGCGCUAGUUUUACUAAUCGAGGCCUCAUAUCCAAAGCUAAAGUUAAAGCCGUCAAGUACAGCAUCGUAAUUAUUCUUGCAUUUGUACUCUGCUGGAGUCCUUACUUUCUCUUUGAUAUUCUGGACAACUUUAAUGUACUUCCUGAGACCAAAGAACGCUUCUAUGCAUCCGUGAUAAUUCAGAAUCUCCCAUCUUUAAACAGUGCCAUCAAUCCCCUCAUAUACUGCGUCUUCAGCAAUCAUCCCUGCUGCCCUUUUAGGGAAAGAAGAGCAAGAAACUUAGGGGGAACUUUCAGAGACAGAACUGAUGGGCAGGAGAUGCAGGUUCUGUCCAACCCUGAAUACAUCUAGUGCAUGUGUAUUAAAAUCACACAAAUAGUGUCUGGGGAAAGCAAAUACUCAUUCAUGUUCAGCAGCAUAUGUCUUUUGGAAUAGCACUGCAGAUUCAUUCAUGGUAAACCCUACAGCAGGGGUCGGCAACCCCUGGCACGCAUGGCAUAGAGACAUUUUUCCUGACACGCUGGGAGGCAUGCAAAGAAAUUGCUUAAUUUUUGUUUUUUAAGUUGCUGCUCUGGCCUCUCCCUUGCAGCCACAAGUCCCAGCGCUGUGGCAGGCACCGGGGCGGAGCCAGGAGCACACAGGCAGAGACGCUGUGUCCUACAGCCCCCGCCCUUUGCUCGGCUGGCCCCUGGUGGGAGCUGCAGGUAGACAGGGCUGGUGUUGGGGCAAGCACUGCGCAGGGCCACUACCCUGGAGGCUUCCAGUGGGUGACAGAGCCCUGGAC